AUGCAAAAGAUUUUGCGCGAGCUGGAUGAUGGCGCCAAGGAGAGCUGCUGGGCUUGGUACAUCUUCCCCACAGAGAAGGCUGGGAUGUGCGACUUUGAUGAGACACGCAUCACGGCCGAGAAUGCCAAAGACUUAUGCGAUCCCGAGAUCAAUGCCUCUGCGGGCCACUGGCAGCAGUGCCUGCAGGAGAUCUGUCGUCUUUUGGAGGAACGUAACGCGAUUCCGCCGGACAGCCACGUUCUGCCUCGCAUCGAUCACGGCCGUGUUCACUGGUUCAUCAAGUUCUGGCAAAGCUACGAACACUCGCCACGAUGGAUGCAAGAGGCCCCGGAUGCUUGA